CUCUCAUUCCCUCCCAACGUCCUCUUCCCUCCCGGCUCUCGUAUCUCUCCCCAACCCCCAAAUCGGCGCCCCGAGUCGAGCGCGCGCUCCAGCAGGGGGAGCUAGCUAAGAGGGAAAAGUUGUUUGCGCAUCAUGGAAGUGGUCCUCGCUCCGACCCAGCCCGACGGCCUGCACGCGGCGUUCGGGCCCAAGGAGCCCUGCGGCUUUGGAGAUCGACGCUUCUCCUCGCCCAGCCUGCUCACCAAUGGCGACGAUCUCUUCUACGGCUACGCCUCCCCCUCGUCCCCCUUCGGCUUCAGCCGCGUCCUCUCCACGCCGUCGCCGCGCGCCGCCUCGCUCUCCCGCGGCUCCUCCGACUCCGGCUCCGUCGUCCAUGAUGGGAACGAUGCGGCGGCCGCCGCCGCCGCAGAACGCCGCCAACGCCUCGCCCGCCUCGCUCUCCAGUACCAGGAGGUGGUCACCCGCUUCGAACUCUGCCUCUCGUACCUCGCCGACACCAGCAACGAGGCGGCGGCGCUCCGCCGGGAGAACGACGAGCUCCGCAUCGCCAACGAGGAUCUCGCCCGCCGCAUCAAGAUGGUCGGCGGCAAGCUCGUCGACGAGUUCAGCGGUCUGAGUCUCGCCGAGGAGCACCCUAUCCCACUUGGUCCUCUAACACCGCUGCCAGCCGCACCGGCGAUACCGAAGAGCAUCUCCGUUCGUUCGCCCGGCUACCUCAAGAUGAACCAGAGCGGCAAGCAUCGCCCGUCCAAGCCAACGAAGCUGGGCUCGCAGCGCGUGUUCGUAGGCAUGGACAAUGGCGUCAAUGGGGAGGGGGAGCUCAAGGGUGGGGAGGAGCAGCAGCCCAACAGCGGGCUGGAGUUCGAGGUGUACAAUCAGGGCAUGUUGAAGACGGAGCUGUGCAACAAGUGGGAGGAGACCGGCGCGUGCCCGUACGGCGACCAGUGCCAGUUUGCGCACGGCAUCGCCGAGCUCCGCCCCGUGAUCCGCCACCCGCGCUACAAGACCGAGGUCUGCCGCAUGGUGCUCGCGGGCGUCGUCUGCCCCUACGGCCACCGCUGCCACUUCCGCCACUCCAUCACCCCCACCGACCUCUUCCCCCGGCAGCCCUGAUUUUGUCGGUCCAUCACCGACCACCACUCCGGCACUCCCUCGCCCGCUUCCACCCUCUCCAACGUCAUCCGUUAUGCCAUUGUCAGUCCUAAAAAGACCAUGUCAUUAUCGCAGGUGAGGCUGAAAAGGAGAGCCGUAAAUAAGGUAUAGCUAAAUACAUAGAUAGCAAACGAAAUCGAGCUACAUAAUUAGCACGUAGGCAAGAUGUGAAUAUAGAGUUCUAGACACCAAGCUGUUCAUAUGGGUCCGAUCAUCAAAUAUGUGAGUUAUUAUGGUGGUAGUUUUCAGAUGGUUUAUUAUACGCGGUAUAGGCUAUGGUGUUAUUCCUAGUCAGUGUUUUUCGGGCAAAGAGGCGAAAGUCUGCGUACUCCUGUAAGUAAACUUGGUAAGGCUGUUAUCUGAAUGUUCAUUGAUGUGUUGAGCACUUGCACUUGCACAUUUGACAAGUGCAAGCACCUUGAGCUGUACUGUUUCUGGGAAAUUGAAGCAAUGAAUUAUAUUUUUUGUGGAA